CCACCCCCAGCCUGUAUUUUGACAGAAACACGUGGCAUGUGAUGCUCCAUCAUCUCUACAGCGGAAACAUUCUCGGGAAAAGUUAGAAAAAAACUGGGCGGUGUGGGAAUUUGGUCACAUGGAGCGCACAGCCUAAAAACUGACGCGCUGCAAGCGUCUCAAUCAGGUCUGCGUUAGGAAGCGGACAGAGUUUGUGACAGAAGAGCAGCGAGUCUCUCCGCGCGCACUCUGAACGCGUGCGUGCUUUUGACGUCAUCCGCACAGGUGCCAAACGCAGAGUUGUGAUUACUCCUAACCGCGCGCCAGACAUUUACCAGCACUCCUGAGAGCAUUGGGCAGCAGCCUGUGGUCACAUGAUGCCAUUUACAGUGAACCUGAUUGGCCCGUCCCCCUGGGGAUUCAGAAUUUCUGGAGGGCGAGACUUCAAGAAGGCCAUAACUGUUUCCAAGGUGAACGCUGGCAGUAAGGCAGAGACGGCCUGUCUUCAGCCUGGUGACAUAAUCAUGGAGAUUAAUGGACUCAAUACUGGCGAGAUGCUCAACGUAGAGGCACAAAACAAAAUCAAGAGCUGCACGACUCAGCUGCAACUUCUCGUAGAAAGACCUGCUCCUCCCACUCCUGGUCAGACCAAUGGAAUCACAGAGCAACUGGUCGGCCGCUUCCAGGAGGCUGUGCAGGUGAGUCGAGAUGAGAACCAGAACUACAGAGAGUACACCAUCUCCAGCCCAGCCUCUCUGUCACCUGGCCCGUAUUCACCUGAGCCACCAUCCAGCCCUGACCGCAAAGGGGGCAGAAUCACACCAACCAGUAAGAGCCUCCAGCUCCAUUCCUGGUCCUCAGAGGAGAAGAGCGUACAGAGUCACAGACUGUCUCGACCCCUCUCUCAGGAGAUCUCUUCCGUGGAUUUCCGCAGUAACUCCGUGUCCAGUAGGACUCCAACUCCACCUGGACGAUACUCUCCACACAGCCCCAUCGAACGAGAGGUGCCCAUUUCCCCUCGACGCAGUUCGGACUUUGCCAUGCAGAGGUUUGACAGAGACUCAGAGGUGUACAAGAUGAUUCAGGAGAACAAAGAAUCCCGCGCGGCUCCUCGCCAGUCCAACACCUUCAAGAUGCUGCAGGAGGUGCUGGAGGCUGAUGAGAAAGAGGCCGCCAUCCAAUUUCCAAGCAAGUUGUCUCCAAGCCCCUCCAAGACCACGUCAUCUGUUUCUGGUGUGCAGAAAUACCACACCUGUGAAAAAUGCGGCACCAGUAUUGUCACUCAGGCCGUGAGGAUCACCGAUGAUUGCUUCCGUCACCCAGAGUGUUACACCUGUACAGAAUGUGGGCUCAACCUAAAGAUGCGUGGCCACUUCUGGGCGGAGGACAAAAUGUUCUGUGAGAAACACGCCAGAGAAAGAUACCAGGGUGCCGGCAGUAACAAUCGUUACGUCGUGUCCCCAAACCACUGAGACGCCCGAUCAGCCGCCCUCCUGAUGCCACCUCCAACUCCUCUGAUUGGCUGCGAGCAUAGAGAGGAGAAGAUGCUGAUGUCAUUGCUAUGUUGUCCAAUGGGAGCCAAAUAGAGCGUUUGGCGUUAUGUCACUUGAAGCUUUGGGACCUGACGCAAUUGUGUCCUCUUCUCCAGUUAUUAUACACCCCUUGAAUAGAGACUAUAAGCUUUGAUCUGAUGGAUUUGGAAGGGGGCGUCUCUGUUAGAGCGUGCUAUUUCUUUACAGUUGAAUUUCUACAUUUGCAUUCCAGUUUCACAUGUUGUAUUAUGCUUUGAAAACAGCUUGUUUUUCAAUAGACAUAUAACUUGGGUUUAUCUUAAAGUUUUUUUUUGGCUGACAUUUAUAGAGCUUUUCCAUACCGGGAUUCAAAUGGUGAGAUGCAUCAAGUGGGCAUCAUCAGUGCUAAUGCACACAGGACUGGUUUCCUUAGUGUAUUUGUGUGUAAAUAGUUGCAAACAGCUUCCUUAAUUUCAGUUUGCAUUUGUUAAUGAAGGGUUUAAUGAUUACUUGGAAGUGAUUCUUAGUUUGAUGUAUAUUUCUACCUUCAUAAAAAGAAAUUAUCCACAAGAAGUCCUCCAUCCACACAGAAGCAUGCAUUUAGACCUCUGCAUAGUUUAUUUGCCAUAUGCUUUGUAUUAAAUAAGGGAUAUCUAAGAAAUUAUGAUAUUUGUGUGUAAAUAUGUUUAUUUUUCACCUUAAACUGUAUGUGGACUGAGCGGAGGGUUUUGCACGCACUUGUUCGUGUUCAGGGUUACAUGUUUCAUUUUGACUGUAUUGUGUGUUUUCGGGUUAGAGAUGUUUGAUCACGCUCUGAUACACUGUUGUUUGCUUUGAAUGCAACAGAAAGGAGUAUCAGAGCAAACGAUUUGAAACAUUUGUGGAUCAAAUACAUCAAAUGAAUCGUGAAUCCUCACAUUGUGUUUGUAGGGUUGCCUCUCUUUACCUUUUCCGUUUCAAAUAAAACAACUUUCUGAA